UUACAAUAAGAGGUGGGUCCAAUCCACUCCACCACUGUCCCAAUCAAAGUGAGGACACAUAGUAGGAAAAAAAAAAUCACCCUCUAUCAGUCUCUGAGGGGAACAGACAGACCCAAGAUGUUAAGGACCUCGAUAUGGGGCAGGAAGUAUCCGAAGUCCUCGGGUUUCACCGUCUUGGUCAAGCAGGUGUGGGGGACUCUACGAGGUCAUCUGCUGAGGCCAGAGCGACCGUGCUCCCAGCGUCCCUGUGCUCGGAGAAAUAGAAAUAACGCUUUGCACCCCCUCUGGAAGGGACCGGCCUCUGUGCCAGGGGGCACCCGGCAGUCCCCCAUCAACAUUUGCUGGAGGGACAGCGUCUAUGAUCCCCAGCUGCAGCCUCUGCAGGUCUCCUACGAAGCGGCAGCCUGCCUCUACGUCUGGAACACCGGUUACCUCUUCCAAGUGGAAUUUGACGAUGCCACCGAGGGGUCAGGAAUUAGUGGUGGCCCCUUGGAAAACCACUACCGACUGAAGCAGUUCCACUUCCACUGGGGAGCAGUGAACGAGUGGGGCUCAGAGCACACGGUGGAUGACCAUGUGUACCCAGCAGAGCUGCAUUUAGUUCACUGGAAUUCUGUGAAAUACCAAAAUUACAAAGAAGCUGUGUUGGGAGAGAAUGGCUUGGCUGUGAUAGGCGUAUUUUUAAAGCUGGGGGCCCAUCAUGAGGCGCUGCAGAAGUUGGUGGAAGUCUUGCCGGAAAUAAAACAUAAGGAUGCACGUGCAACUGUGGGCCCCUUCCAGCCCUCCUGUCUGCUGCCCACCUGCCGGGAUUACUGGACCUACCCGGGCUCCCUCACCACUCCUCCACUAACAGAAUCAGUCACCUGGAUCAUCCAGAAGAAGCCCAUUGAAGUGGCUGCAAAUCAGCUGGCCGCGUUUCGCACGCUCCUGUUUUCUGCACUUGGUGAAGAAGAGAAGACGAUGGUGAACAAUUACCGCCCAAUUCAACCCCUGAUGAACCGGAAGGUCCAUUCAUCCUUCCAGGCCACUGAAGAGGGCACCAGAUCCUAAAUUCAUUACGUCCAAGUCCAUGGGUAAAAUCAACUUUAAAAAGAGGAAGUGUUGUUUCCCAGGUUGCAUGGUCUGAUCCUCCAUAACCUCUGAAAUUAAAAAGAGAGACAGAGAUCAUUAUUUUAGUCAAUGUACUUUUCAGUUGUAAUAAAAAUAACUUGAAAGAAGCUUAAGUAUGAUAGGGAAUGGAUAUCAGGGACAUGGAAUAUCUCUUGGGACUCACAGCCAUGCAUGGCAGCCUCAGGUGGGCCAAACAAGCCUCUGCUGACUGAGGUUGUCUGCCCAGCCCUUUCUCGGUUCCAUUCUUUCCUCUCUCCAGGCAGGUGCCCUCUGUUUCUCCACACUCAUGUCCACCCCAUAGUUCCCAGACAACAGAGUCUGGGCCUAACAUCCUUUUACCCAAUUCCAAAUGCCUGGGUGGAUCAGCAUGC